AUGAAGAAAGUAAGGAAAAGGGAAGGACAGGGACUUCUGCAAAAGAGGAUAAAAAUUGUUCACACAAUGCAGACAAUGAGGAAAGAUGAGGAUGAAGACAUGUUUGAGACAAAAACCAUUAUCAUUGGGUUGAAUAUAAUGAUUCAGGCCUGGUAUGAAGAAAUGAUUAAUGACAGAAAUAAAUUGACUGUGGAUGUAAUUGUUGGUUGUGGUGGAGGAAACCGAAUUUGGGGAAAGGAAUUAAAACAUGUUCAGUUAUCUGAUGUUCAAUGUUCUUCAGGCAAAUAUUUCAUUAUUAUUAUAACUCUGAAACAAUCAUCCAAAGUUUGUCGCACGUUUGAAGCUAAAUCGCUUCCAUCAGCUUCAAUGUACAUUUUUCAGCUUCAUGAACGUUUUGAAGUACGUUGCAAUUCUAGCUUGCCUAACAGCAUCAUUGCGCACAGGUAUAAAAUCCACGAUAGUGACAAAGAAAGUGACAAUAUUAAGGAAGAAGUGACUUUUCUGAAAAAAAUAAAAAUUUCUCACACAAUGGAAACAAUGAGGAAAGAUGAUAUAGACUGGUUCGAGACAAAUCGAGGUGGAAUAUCAUGGGGUUGAACAUGAUGAUUCAAGGAAUAUCUAUGAGGCAAUAUUUAAUUAAAUGAAAGUGGAAAUUAAAAAACAGAAGAAACAGAAAAUAUGACCAAUAAAAGGAGAUCCAUACUUUUUUAUAGUGAACAGUUGACCAAACUAAAUGCUGUGGCACA